UGUCCUCCGAGAAUUUGAGCGGCGAAGUGGAAGUUGGGCGUCACCUGAGAAGGAUAAGCGGUUCCCCCUUCGACUGAAACCGGAAGAACAGGUAUUGGGAGAGAGAAGAUGAUGCACGCAGUGGGUUUGAUGCUGCUGGUGAGCUCGCUGGCAGCGGCGGGUGUUUGGUCUCCUCCGCCGGAGAGAGGAGGAGAGACGGCGUCCACCAGCGGCGAUGUCUUGGUGAAAGAAGGCCACCGUGUAAUCGUCGUCGAGUAUGAGAGGGAGGGCCUCCGUCCUUCCGCAACUCCCCGCCAAGUUGUAGAAGAAAGUGCUUCAGUUGAAAGAGCUAUAGGAGAAUCGAAGGGAGUCGGUGACAAGGUUCAACAGAAGAAAACUCGAGGUGCUUCAGACGAGGAGAAGCUGAAGGAAACGGCAUCGGUUCCCCCUAACCUUGGUCUGGCAGUCUCCCCCGGUGGUGAAGAAACAGAGGUGAAACAGGGCUCGAAGAUCUGUGAUGCCCUUGGUUCCUGCAAGGAGAAGAUAUCGGGAGCAUUUGCUGCCGCGAAAGAGAAGGUUGUAGACGUCCAUGACAAGAUUUCAAGCAGGGCGGCCGAUAUGGAAGCCUCUGCGAAAGAGGCCGCACGAAAGGCAGUGCACGGCGGCGAAGACGUCGCAGAGAAAGUGAAGGACGCCAGCGAAAAACAGAUGGGAGACGUCGUGAGCAGAGCCAAAAGAGUGAAAGAUAGUGCAGCUGAGACUGUUGGAAGUGGUGCUGAAAAAAUCAAACGUGGUGGAUCAGAAACAGCACAGGAGGUGGCCAGAGAAGCGAAGGAGAAGGCGCAGCGCGCCUAUGGACGUUUCGAGGAGAAGGCUCGAGAAGUGAAGGAAAAGGCUCAGGAUGUUUACGGCCGAGCGGAGAAGGCCCGAGAAGCAGGAAAUAAGGUCCAUGAAGCUGCAGAAAGGUCGCAGGAUGCAGCGGCGGAAGGAAAAAGAAACAUCACAGACAUAAUUCAGAGAGGCAGGGAUGUUCUAUACGACGCUGCAAUGUACGCAAUUUCACUUGAGACUCUGGGCUCGUUGAUGCGGCUGCUGCAUUCGCUAGCAUUCUCGGUGGUCUAUGGAACUUGCUUCUGGGUGACGUUCGUGUCGAGCCACGUCCUGGCGAGGGCGUUGCCGAGACAGCAGCUCGGCGUGGUGCAGAGCAAGUUAUAUCCGGUCUACUUCCGGACAAUGACCUACAGCAUCGGAAUCUGUCUGAUCACGCACUACUUGUCUCGCCGGUGGUCGUCUGCGAGCAGAGCCGAUAAACUUCAGGCCUUCAAUCUCCUCGCCUCCCUAGGAUUCGUUCUGGUCAAUAUGCUGUGUAUAGAACCUCGUGCGACAAAGGUGAUGUACGACAGACUGAAGCUGGAAAAGGAGGAAGGAAGAGGUCGUGACAUGGACGACAUGGAUCAAGUGGAGACCCAUGUGACAGCAACUGCUGCUGAUGCCGCAGUCACUGGAAAUGCUGCUGCAGAGGUGACAACCACCAGCGCCGCCCCGCGCAGAGUGGAUUUGGAGAAAGAGGCGGUCAAGUCGCGGCUAGUGAAGAUGAACAAGAGGCUGAAGAUUCUGAACAGCUAUUCUUCUCUGCUGAACAUGGUGGCCCUCAUGGGUCUCACUUGGCAUCUCGUCUUCCUCUCCCAGGAGCAACAUCACCAGCAACUGGGCUGCUAACAGGAGUACCAAACGAGUUCGCUAUCGGUAUAAACAUGUAGACAAAGGACAAUGUGCCAUAUUCCUUUUUAUCUUUUUUCCUUUUUCCCAAGGACAGAUUUUCCCCGCCUCUCAGAUUUUGUAUUUUUGAGGACUGAGGUGGUAGCUUUGGAACUUGUUUUUCUGUAUUGCUUUUUAAUGUAACUCUUGUAUAUUUUCUUUCCUCCUUUUCUCUCAUGGGUGUGUACCCACCAAAAGCACUAAACACUAUGUCCGACCGUUACCUGUACGUUAAAUUUUGUUGUAGAU